GCAAACGCGGUUACUUAAAAAUGUUAGGCUCUUAAUGAUCCUUUUAGGGGUAGGGAGAUUAGAAAUACCAAAUACUUCUAAGUUUCUACCUGUAUGCUACAGGAUUUAUUCAGUUAUAAUACAGAUAUUUUACGCGACAUUCGUUAUUAAUUUAUCAGUGGAAUUAUUUAUACUGUUUAAAACUGAUAUUCCAACAGCCCUUGAAAAUAUGUCGAGAUUUAUCUUCGUCAUCCUGUUGAUAGUAAAAGUGGGAAUGUGUCAAACUGAAAAAGUGGUCGAACUAUUGAGACGUUCUCAGUUAGAAGAAGAUGAAAUAAUUUGUCAAAAAGAUUAUCAAAUAUCGAAAGUUUAUAAGAUGCAUGCACUAUACGGCUUUAAAGUUAAUCUUACACUUUCGGUCACUGCUGUCUCAUCUGCAGUUACGUUGUGUAUACUUGGUAUUCAAGCGAGCUAUCAGUUUUCUCGAGAACACGUAAAUACGAACGACACUUCAGAAACAAUCGACAAACCUCAACUGUUACCGCUGUGGUAUCCAAUUAUAGACAAGAAUAAACGUCACAUGCUGGUUAUGUCACACCAGAUUGUUCAGACGCUCUUAACUAGUUUAUUUAGUAGUUUGGUGCAAACUUUUACUAAUUCAUUACUGAUUUUUCUUAGAGCCCGGUUACAGAUUUUGCAAAUUCGUUUUGCCAAUUUUAAUAGCAUGCAAGUCGGCGAAACUUCUAACCAUGGGGAUAAUAUACCGCCGAUGACAUUAAAACAACUAUGUGUAAAUCAUCAACAACUUAUUUCUUCUAUCAAAGAGUUAAACGACUCGUUGAAAGGUAUACUGCUUCUAGAAUGCAGUGUUACUUCUAUUCUUCUUGCCGCUUUGCUGACACAGAUACUAUGGCGGAGAUAUCUAGCAUUCAAUGUGGUAUAUUUUUUGCUAGUUGUGCUUCAAAUAAUGGCAUUAUCAUACAAUUCUAACGAAAUUGUCGUUCAGAGUUCGCAAUUAUCCAACGCCUUAUAUGAAAGUAACUGGUAUACCCACGGACGAAAAUUGCAAUCCUUGCUUUUGGUGAUGAUGAUGCGAUGUCAGAAACCACUGGUACUAACUGUGGGCCCACUUGGACCCAUGACUACUCAAGUUGGGGUUUCGGUUUCUAAAAGUAAGAUAGAAUCGAAUAUAUCACAAAUCGAAAUCGAUUCUAAUGAUCGCAGAAUUCAUAUUGCCACGCAAAUAGCCAAUCCGCUCAUAGUGUCGGGAGGCGUCUUGAUACUAAGGCUAAUGAACAUGACGCUAAUAGGCCAAUUCUUACCAAAUAUUUUUCAAAGAAUCAACAACAUACAGGACAUUAUGUGCAUUAAGGAUAUUAACGAAAAAGAUUAUACUCACAUGAAAAUUAUAAUUACCUUGAUGGUGACGAUAUCCGUACCAUUCCAGAUAUACUAUUUGAUCGCAAUUAUUCCGAAUAACUGGAUUUCUUUAGUUAUGUUUGGAUUCAAUUUUUACAAUAGUUUUUCCGCAACGUGCUUAGAGUUUCAGUUCACUCACGUGUGUCUCAUUUUGAGAAAUAGAUUUAAACUUAUAAAUAGUUGCAUGAACCGUUUCAAGAAUGAAAAGUAUGCACUCAAGAGCUCGCGCUUAAGAGAAGAUGAAUUGUUCAUCAUUCAGACAGUAAAUCGUGAUCGAUACAUAUCAAAAAUAAUUGACAUGAGAACAUGUCAUCAAAAACUUUCUGAAUGCUGCAGAGACCUCAAUAAGCUAUUUGGAGCUCAGCUUUUAAUAACUUUAUGUUGUUGUGGUGUGAGCGCAUUACUAAACUUUUAUUUCGCUAUAUUUGGCGGUUUUGGACAAACUUCUUUAAUUGCAGCCGCACAUCAGGAAAGUCGCACUUGGGCUGAUGUCUUUUGGGCACUAUACUUUCUUUUGAGAUUCCUUGACGUGUGUGGAGCAGCAGAGUUUCUUUGCCGUGAGACAGAUCGUACGAAAUCAAUAAUUUCAGAGCUCUUACAUGAGUGUCGGAACAACAGAGUUAAAGAAGAGGCAAGUUAA